AUGGCAGAACCAUCCACCGCCGAAACCACCUCCGCCAGCGAUGCUCAUCCGCCGGCGCCAGCUUCCUCGUCGCUCAACGUCCUCGGAUUAACGAUCGACGAGAACAAGAAGCCUUCUCCCAAGUUCUUGGACGAGCCUGAAGACUCCAACAUCCAAGCGGUUUCGUCCGGCGACACUCCGUACACGUCAGCUACCACCUUCGAAGAACUGAAUCUCUCACCGGAGCUUUUGAACGGACUCUACGUGGAGAUGAAGUUCCAUAAACCUAGUAAGAUCCAAGCCGUAACCUUGCCUAUGAUCUUGAAUCCUCCGAAUAGGGAUUUGGUCGCACACGCGCAUAACGGUUCCGGAAAAACCACGUGUUUCCUUCUUGGUAUGCUUAGUCGAGUUGAUCCAAAGUUGCAGGCUCCUCAAGCUUUCUGCAUUUGCCCAACCAGGGAGUUGGCUAUUCAGAAUACUGAAGUUCUCCGAAAGAUGGGAAAGUACAUGGGGAUUAGCUCAGAAUGUGCUAUACCAGCAGACAGUAGUGAUGCUUUGCCGAUAGCGAAACGGGCACCGAUUAUGGCUCAAGUGGUUAUUGGGACCCCUGGCACGAUUAAUAAGUGGAUGGCUUAUAAGAAACUUGGGGUGACAAGGUUGAAGAUUCUUGUUUUUGAUGAGGCUGAUCAAAUGCUUGCUCAGGAUGGAUUUAAAGAUGAUUCCCUGAGGAUAAUGAAAGGAAUAGAAAAAGUCAAUUCUAACUGUCAGGUUCUUCUGUUUUCUGCUACAUUGAAUGACAUUGUCCAGAAUUUUGUUUCGAGGACAGUCAAGCAGGAUUAUAAUACACUUUUUGUGAAGGAACUAUCUUUAGAUGCCGUAAAGCAAUAUAAAGUUCAUUGUCCUGAUGAACUCUCUAAGAUUGAAAUGAAAAAAGAUUACAUACUCGAAAUAGGAGAGAAUCUGGGGCAAACUAUAAUAUUUGUGCGCACAAGAAAUAGUGCAAAAAUGUUACAUAAAUCACUUGUCGAAAUAGGAGAGAAUCUGGGGCAAACUAUAAUAUUUGUGCGCACAAGAAAUAGUGCAAAAAUGUUACAUAAAUCACUUGUUGUCGCUCCUGUUGUCGCUCCCGUCGCCCCAAGUAAGGGAGUCGACAAGGGAAAAAGGAAAGUGGUGAACAUUGUUAAAAGGAAGGUCCGGUCUGCAGCGGACAUUCCUGCCGAGGAGCUUGCUAGGAGGACUGGCGGCCCGGUUAUUAAGGAUGUGCAGGAGAAUGCCCAGAGUUUGGCGGUCAACCCUUCUGCACCUGAAGUUAUUCCUCCUAAACCAACGUAUUCUGGAAGGAAGAGGGUUGCUAGCGAGGAUUUAAGCUCGCCUAAAGGAGCUAAAACGGUUAGGGUGGAGCCGACUGAGUCUGGUCAAUCAGGUGGUAGUCUCUCGUUUGCCAUGGAGAGUUUCUCGGACGCCCCUGUUGUCGCUCCCGUCGCCCCAAGUAAGGGAGUCGACAAGGGAACCCGGGAGGCUACUCUUGCUGUUGACAACCGUUGUUCUACCCAGCAUGAUGACUUGGUACAGAAAGGGCGCAAGAUUGAGUCCUUAACGGCCGAGAUCAGGCGGUUGGGUAAGGAAAUUAGUGACCUGAAGGCAACCAAUAAAACUUUAUCUGACAGCAACCAAGAACUGAAGGGGGCUAGUGACGUGGUGCAACGCCUGUCGCAGGAGAAGGAUGACUUAUCAAAGUUAUUGGAUGAGUCUUCAACCGAGAAAAAGGGGCUCCAGGCGGCGAAUAGCCAGUUGACUGCCGAGAAAGCUGCCCUUCAGUCGGAGAAGGAUGCGUUAUCUGUUGAGUUGACUGGCGUAUGUGGUAACUUGCAUGCCGCCCAAGAGGAUUUUAAAAAAGCUUCUAGGCGAGUACAGGAGCUGGAGCUUGGCUUGCCUUCAGUUUUUUAUGAUUCUUUUAACAACGCCCUGAAUCAGGUUCAAUUUCGAUAUCCUAAGAUAGAUGCUUCGGGCUUGAGUGCCGAUUAUGUGGUGGAAGGGAAACGCCUGCUUCAUAAACUCUAUAAUGGCGAGACGACUGUGAUAGAGGAAGGGCCUGACUCUGAUGAGGAAGAGGAUGAUGUAGAGGAAGAAUCAGCCAAGUUCGGUGACUCACCUUUAGGCGACCACCAUGUGCUGAGCGGAGAGCAACCCGUAGAUGGCGAACCUACUGACGCCGUAGAGAUCCCGUCGUGCGGAUCCCAUCGUUGGCGAUGGUGUUAUUGGCAACACUUCCUUUGGAAGGUAUUGGUGAGGAAGCUUCAUCUAGGAAUAACGUUGAAGACACUGCUGGGGAGGACGCCACUGAGGGGGUCUCAAUAG